GUGUGUGUGUUUGCCACAGGCUUGGGGUUGUAGGCAAAAUGGAGAAGGCCGAGAGCAGUUUAAAAACUUUGAAGAUCCACACAGCCCAAAAACUUCAUAGACCAAAAAUACAUGUGACCAGUCACUCUGCUGUUUGUCAGUCUAUUGCUGCACAGUCUGAUGGACACCCGUUUCAGAAGAGGGGUUAUCACAACCUUCAUCAAGGUGGGAAUACUUGCAGUGAAGGAAGAAAGUUGCAAGAACUCCGACUCAGAUGCCUAGCAAGGAAAUUCUUCUGUCUGUGGGCACAAAAGACAUUUGGACAAGUUCUUCCUUCCAAAAUCAGAUGCUACUGUGAUCAGAAGAUUCUUCAAAAAACUUCUGGAGAGUGGAAGGAGGAGUGGUGGAUUGCUUGCAGGGAAAAGAAACUCAUCUUCAGAGCUGAUUGCCAUUAUAGAUAUUUCCUCUACCAACUGGUAUUCAAGGCUUGGAGAGCCUUUAUCUGCCAGCAACAACAAAAGAGAAAUAAGAAUCAUGUUGCAGAGUUGCAUGCAAAUAAACAGAAACUGCUCUGGACGUGGCAACGCUGGCUGAUUUAUGUUGAUGUUCGAAGGACAAAGCACAGAAUGCAGGCUGUGGCACUGGCAUUCAGAGAAAGAAGCUGUUUGCGGGUAUCAUGGGCAGCGUGGAGGAGGCGACACUACCAGAACUGUGCUGGCCGUAAAAUGAAGGUUUUGGCUCUGCAACAUUGGGCCCAGAGCCUGCAAUUCCGAGCUUGGCUGCAGUGGAGAGCACUGUAUUUAUACAGUCAGAAUGAGAAGCAGGAGGAGGCUAGAGCAGCAACUCACCAUCGCCACUGGCAACUGAAGACAAGUGUGGAGGCCUGGCUGAGAUACCUAAAUCUCCAGAGGGUCAAGAGACGUCAGAAAGAGGUGGCUCGGGAUCAUCAUCAAGGUGGGAUAGUCCAGCGUUAUUUCUCAGGCUGGCGGCUGUUGUGGGAGUGCAGGAGAAGAGUGCACGCUCACCAGAAGCACUUUGAAAAGCUGGCAGCAAAGCUUGUCUUAUGGAGAGUUUUUGCAUGCUGGAAGCACUAUGUUGUACUACGUGUGGAAGAGGCUUGGCGAUGUGAGCUGGCUGAGAAACACCACAGGCAUCAUUUGUUGCGGCUUGGGUUUAAGGGCCUUCGACAUAAUGUUUUAAAUGCUCGUUCUCAACAAAUGAGAAAAAAUCUGGCGUACCGUCAGCAUCAAGUCACGGUGCUACAGAGUUUCUGGAACCGUUGGAAGUCGCGUUUGGAAGAGAAGGAGGAAAAGCAGCAGCAAACUUUAACAUCGGUGGCUCAGAUGCAUUACAGGAAGGUGUUGGUGAGAAAGGCAUUUGACAUGUGGUGGCUGAGGGCAUGCAAGCAGCAAGAAUACCGAGUGGAGGAGAAGAGGGCUGUACUUCGUUUUGAGAGGCAACUGUUGCUUAGUUGCUGGUGCUUCUGGCGCAGAAGAGCAAAUGCACUCCUGGAGGAGCAAGAGGACUUGCUUCGUGCUGGAAAUCACUACAGCUACAUGCUGCUGUCUAAGGCUUUCUGUCUGUGGAAGCAAAAUACUCAGGAGAGAAAAACACAGAGGCUCAAGGAGAUGCAAGCUGAGAGAUUUCACUAUUCAAAGUGUCUGCAGCAGUCUUGGAACAAGUGGAGAGAGUAUGUGGAACAUCAGCGUGAGAAAUGGAAGAAGCUGGUGCGAGCAGACGUUCACUAUCAGCGCGUGUUGCUGGGCAAGGCCUUGGCAGCCUGGAAGAGUUACCAGCAAAACGUGCAGUGCAUUCUCUAUCAAGUAGCUGAGAAGGAGAAACAACACUGCAGACUACUGCUGCAGCAGUUGCUGCAUAUAUGGAGAGAAAAUGCCCUUGAAGCUAAAGCAGCUUCUCAGGCAGAUCAACACUACAGGAGAGUGAUCCUGUCAAAGGUGUUGCUGCAGUGGAAGGAUGCUGCCUCACUAAAAGUACAUUAUCGUCAUCAGAAACAGGCAGCUGUGAAGGAGGCUGUAAAACAUUUGAAUAUAGCACGUUUACAGAGCCGGUUCCUUCAUUGGAAGGAAGUUACUGCAGAGUCUCUGGUGCUGAGAGCUAAUCAGGACAGGGCAGUGCAGCACCAUCAGCAGCACCUGCUCCAGAAGUACCUGAGGAAUUGGAAGAAAUACCACGAGCAGCAUCUUGAGAAGGCGCUCCUGCAGAGACAGGGUUAUCAGCUAAUGACUCGGAGACUUUGCUCUACCUGCUUCUCCUGCUGGAAGAAACAGCUGGUGCAGCAGCAAUGGGAAAAGCAGGAGACAGCGAGAGCACUGUGGCACUGGUGCCUUUCAUUGCAGGGCAAGGUAUUUAGUGCUUGGCUGGGAUUUGUCCAGGAGCAACAACGGAAGAAAAAGCUCCUUGAAAGGGCUGUAGGAGUUCGCCGCGCUGCCCUGCUGAAGGAAGGUGUAACCCGGACCUUGAGACACUCCGCUGGCCUGGAACGGUCGAGGAGGCAGCUUCGAGCCCAGCACCAGCCAAAGGCAAUCUACAGCCUUCCCCAGUCAGUGCAUCGCUGUGCCAUGCUCUGGAAGCAGAAGGCCCUCUGCAAGCACUUAAAUAAGCCUUCUACUCCCCUGCUACCUCUGAACAAGCAAGGAAUGUUUAAGGUGCCUGAUAUUAACCCAGGAACAAGAGGGUGUUCAGUAGAGGAAGCGCCGUGGCCAUCACAAAGCAGUCGUUCUCCGUUCCUCCUCGCUGCUGGGGACUCGAUUCUCAGUGAGCUAAAUUUUCUUCGACGAGCAAGGUUGCCGCCACGAAGACCUGACUUCCUUCUGGAAUCUCUAGAAAGAGAGGAACUGCUAGGAAUGACUUGUACUAGGUCAGAGACACCUCAGCGAGCGGUUAUGAACAAAUGUUCUACUCAGGCUGGGCACUUACUGCUAGCAACUCAAAUGGAAGAAAGCAUCUGCAAUCAGCUGUCCCAAGUGGGCUGUCAUGCUCACGCCCACUCAUCUCCCGUACUUCCCUCUGUACCGGUGUGGCCAGACAAUGAGCACCACGCUGUUCCGUUCUAUCCAAGGCCAGGGCUGUGGCCUCCUUCGUCAUUCAUGGCCCAGAUGAAAGCUGAAGCAAAAAAGCGAGGAGGCCUACCUGUGGAUUGUCACACAGAAGCACAUUCCCAAGAAUCCCAACAGGGUCCCGUGGGGAAGAAAUUGCAGCCAAACUUGCAGCCAUAUCUGCUGUCACCUGAGGACUUCAUGGGAAAACAGAGUCACCGAACAGCAGCUAAAGAGGAAGAAAGCAAGCACAAUUCCAGAAGAGAAGAGGUGUUCCAGAGAGAGCUGGAAGCAGAGCUCCAAUCUAUCCAACAGCAAAUGCAGUACUACUUCAGCAGGAAGCAAGAACUCAAGUCCUGUCAGCAGCAGGCACAGAUUCUGCAGAAGUGGCUAGAAACAAGCACACAACCAGAGGACCAAGAUGCCAUACAAGAAGUACAAGCAGAACUGCACCAGUUGGAGAUGAGGAUCAACACUCUCACCAAAGCACAACUGAAAGACAGACAUCACGUAGAGAAGUUGGUUGCCCGUCUCCAGGAUAUCCACAGUGCUCUCGGGAUGUGAUGCCACCUUCCAGCUCAUGGGUAGGGAUUUCUGCUCAGUUUUUGCCUUGUUUGUAGCAGAAGGGAAGGGGAAUGGAAGAAAUGUAUACCUUUUCUUCAGUCAUGUAUGUCACUUUUAUUUUGUAAGUUAACUUAAAUAUCUCUGUGUAUUUUUAACCAUACCUGUUUUUUUAAAAAAAUGGAGCUAAAAAUACCUCAUGCUGCACUUAGAAUAUUUAGUUGCCCCUGACAUUGCAGAAAUAUAAGCAACACUGAUAA